AUGCAAAUGGAAGAUGCGAAUAUACAAAACGCAAUACCUUCUGCUUUUGUUCCUGUUCAAUGUCUUCCAUCAUUUUUCAGUGUUGAGAACAAUAUCAGUAACACAUUUGGAAGAACUACAAUGAUGUUAGAAAAUGAAAAAGAAGAGUCACAGAGGAGUGGAGGAAUAGAAAGUAAUGGGAAUCUAAAGGGUAUCCGACCGCAUGACGCAGUGGAGAAGAGUGGGAACUUAACCACUCCUGCUUUCGUUCCUGUUCCAGAUUUGCCAUUUACUUUCGAAACUCCCAACCCUCUUAGAAAUCGAGCAAUGCAAAAACACCAGAUCCAAAACGAACGUGUUAUCUUCGGACAAUCAGUCAUACAAAGUGUACAAGAACAAGUACAAACACCAUCCAAUAAAACUAUUGAAAACAACCCAAUCACAAAUACUUUACUACAACAAAGGGAUUAUAACAACUUCAACGAUCAUAAAACUUUUUCAUCUGACACUGAAAAUAUGUCAUUAGAACAAAACUCAGACGAAGAAAGUGAUAGUGAAUUUGAAGAUACAAAUAAUGAUUAUAUUGUUCAAAAUGAAAAUGAGGAAAAUGAGGAAAGAGAAGAUGAAAAAACGAUAAAAAAUAAAACCGACAUAUUCAACAACAACUUCUUCAAUGAAAUCACAAAGAAAAGUUUAAACAAAUGGAACAAAAAGUUGUUAUUUUUCAACAUUAGAGAGUUUGUUGCAGAGAGUGGAAGUACAUCAAAACAACUCUUUUUCGUUUUGUGUGAUUAUUUGUUUAAUAAAUAUGAAACAAUGGAAAAAUUAAGAGACGAAAGAAGAACAGCAAAAGGAAAAAACAAACCAAAAAGAAAAUCAUCACUCCAUGUAUUGAAAAAAGAUGAUAUUAACCUUUAUGAUUUCAUCGACUUUCAUUGA